AUGCGGCAAUCACUCGCAUUCCUCAGCAUCCUUCCGUUGGUUCUCACACAUCCUACGAAGCAUGCCUACCAAUGCAUCGACUUCGACGUGCCUCUAUCAUUCCAAGCUCCCUCCCUCGAACCAGCCUUCCUCCCCUUCAAGAGCCACUACGAUUCUGUGGCCUUCCUCCAGAGCUUGAGCUCCCGAACCUCAAGCGACGGCCCAUCGCCAUACAAGGGUCAGAGCACCAUCGACGUGAACGUUACAAUCGCAGCCCAGUUCUGCUUCCCACCAGGAAGAUCGCCUACUACAGUGCAGAUCCUCUCUCACGGUCUUGGAUUCGAUCAUGUGUACUGGUCGUUUGGUGGGCAGAACAGCGAGUACAACUACGUCAAAGCAGCUACUGCGGCCGGAUACUCAACCCUUUCCUACGAUCGUCUUGGCAAUGGCGGGUCGACGAAGGGCGAUGCGUACACUCUCAACCAAGCGACGAUCGAGACUGAGGUCCUGAAAAGGCUUACAGACCAUGUGCGCAGUUGGGACAUUCCUUGCCUCUCGCACUUGCAUGCCCCGACGAAGGUCACCCAUGUUGGUCACAGCUUCGGCAGCCAAAUUACGAAUCAACUCGUCUCUACUUAUCCAAACGUGUCUGAUGGCAUCGUUCUGACCGGAUACUCCACUCUGCCAGCCAGCGUCGACUUCGCCAUCGGCACCAACUUCUUCCUCGCCAAAGACGUCCUGCCCCAGAUCUACGGCAACCUCAGCACCGGCUACCUUAUCUGGGACCAGCAGUCCCAGAAUCAAUAUCUGUUCCUACACUGGCCAAACUUCUCACCGCAAGUCCUCGCGGAAGGAGAGCAGAACAAGUGGCCACUUUCGAUCAGUGAGCUAUUGAGUACAAGCGUGCAUAAUGCCACCAACUUCUCGAACCCUGCCUUGAUCAUCUCAGGCCAGUACGACGGCGUCUUCUGCGGCUUCAAUUGCACCGGCGUCUUACCGCAAGCUCGUACGACAUUCUCAGGAGCCACUCCCUUUGAGACGUAUGUCCAACCGAACACCGGCCAUGGCAUUAACCUGCAUUACAACUCCACUGGAGCGUACCAAGUCAUCAACAACUUCCUGGCCAGGAAUGUGAAGAACUAA